AUGGGUCAAACUUCAACAGAAGGUAGUCUUGAUGAGACAACAUUAGAGCGGCUUAUCGAGAUGAUUGACGAGAAUAACUGUUUGGCUAAGGGGAAAGGGAAAGAAUACGAUCUUCCGGGUACGAGUGAGGGGGCAGGUCUUAUCGUAGGGGAUAUGUCAUCAACAAUCGGAGAACGAGAUAUAGUGGUCCAAUUCCAAACUGACACUUUGCAGCAGCUACGUGAUGAUCACCCCUUAUACAUUAGCCUCCAAUACCCUCUUUUAUUUCCAUAUGGUGAGUAUGGUUUCCAUCCCGAGAUCCCACUACAUCUUGAGACAAGAACUUCCAGAACAAGGCAAUUCCUAACCAUACGCGAAUUCUACGCAGCUCAAAUUCAGACACGUCUUAACCAAGGAAUGACUUUAAUAAAGAGCGGUCGUCUACUCCAUCAAUAUAUAGUUGACAUUUAUACGGCAAUCGAGGAGGAUCAGUUAAGGUGGGUGAGGAACAACCAGGAUGUCCUGAGGGCAGAACUCUACAAUAAUGUCCUUGAUGCUGUUUCCAGAGGCGAUACCGAUGCCAAAAUUAUUGGUCAAAGGUUUAUACUUCCACCAAGUUUCACCGGUGGCCCUCAGUACUUAGUUGAGAAAUACCAUGACGCAAUGGCUAUUUGCAGAGAAUAUGGUAAUCCAGAUUUGUUUGUCACAAUUACUGCCAAUCCUAACUGGAGUGAGAUUAAAGAACAUCUUGCCAGAUAUGGUGGAGAAUCUCCUAAUGAUAGACCAGACAUUGAAUGUCGAGUCUUUAAAAUGAAGUUGGAUCAGCUGCUCAAGGAUUUCAAAAAAGGAACUUUCUUCAAACCAUAUACAGCAGCAGUUCACCGGAUAGAGUUUCAAAAAAGAGGUCUCCCCCAUGCACAUAUAUUAUUGUGGUUUGGAAACUCUUCCAGAACGCCAAGCGCGGAUGAAGUAGAUGCGAUCAUAUCAGCCGAGCUCCCAGACAAAGAAAAGGAUCCAGAGGCUUAUGCUUUAGUCACAAAACACGUGAUCCAUGGUCCAUGUGGUGUCAUGAAUCCGAAGUCACCAUGUAUGGAUAAAAAUGUGUGCUUGAAAAAGUUUCCUCGGCCGUAUAACGACAACACUUCGGUUGACAAGUCGGGAUAUAUAUUGUAUCGUCGGCGCCGGAACGAAAAUGCGACUGUGGUAAAGAAUGGAUCAACCUUGGACAACACUUUUGUCGUACCUCAUAACAUCGAUCUCCUGAAGAAGUACGAGGCUCAUAUUAAUGUUGAAUGGUGUAAUCGUACAAGUGCGGUCAAGUACUUAUUCAAAUACAUUACCAAGGGUGUUGACAGAGCAACAGCUGUCAUUGAGAAAGGAAAUACGGCCAGUACAUCUGACGCAACAGCCUCUGGCGGAUCGAAAGAGAGGGUCAUCAAACACCGAAAUGAGAUCCAAGAUUACAUAGAUGCUCGAUAUCUAUCAUCUUGUGAGUCUAUGGGGCGGACGUAUGCAUUCUACGUACACAAGAGAAAACCAUCAGUCAAGAAGCUUAUCAUUCACUUAGAAGGCGAACAUAAUAUAUCAGUUAAAGAAACUGAUAACCUCGGCCAUGUAAUCCGCAAGCCAGAAUAUUUCGUAUGGAACAAUAACACUAAAGUCUGGUCUGAGCGUAAGAGAGGCAGAGCCAUAGGAAGAAUUGUAGCAGUUUAUCCAUCAGCAGGUGAUCGUUACUAUCUAAGGAUCCUCAUAAAUAAGAUAAAGAGUCCUAGAAGCUACGACGAGCUCAAAACAUACAACGAUGUGAAAUAUCCUGACUUCAAAUCAGUUUGCUACGCACGCGGAUAUUUGGACAACGAUGUCGAGUGGCUCGAGAGUAUGUCAGAGGGUGCUUUAUGGGCUACCCCAUACCAGCUCCGCGAAAUGUUUGUCACGUUUCUUAAUAGUUGUUUCGUUUCGAGCCCUAAAAACCUAUGGGAAAACUCGUGGAGAUCGAUGAGUGAGGACAUACUCUACAAGAGGCAGAGAAUCUUAAAUCAUGCAAAUCUGGAGCUGGAUGAUGAUACUCUUGAGCAAUACACAUUAAUUGAGGUGGAAAAGUUGAUGCGCCUGCAUGAGCACUCACUAGGUGAUAUUAAAGAGAUGCCAAAGAUCAAACCUGUUUUGCUAAGAGAACUGGGAAACAGUUUGUGGUACCAAGAACUGGAUUACGAUGUUGCUGAGGAAACUCUAAGACAUGACAUGCAAUUCAACAAACUUAAUCCUGAUCAACGUGCGAUUUACGAAGCGGUCUUAGACUCUGAUAAUAAAAAGGAUGGAAAGCUAUUCUUUAUAGUUUUGCCAGUUGCCUCUUCAGGAAUAGCCAAACUAUUGUUACCUAACGGUAGAACCGCGCAUUCACGCUUCAAUAUCCCUUUAAAGCUCAGUGAAGAUAAGCUCUGCAACAUCAAACCUGGAACAAUGCUGGCUGAGCUAAUCGAGAAAACAGAUCCUAUAAUUUGGGACGAAGCACCUAUGACGCAUAAGCAUCCUUUUGAGGCACUGGACAAGACGUUGAGAGACAUAAUGUCAAAAAGAAACCCUUCUACAAAGGAGCAGACUUUUGGCGGUAAGACAGUUUUGUUAGAGGGUGAUUUCAGACAGAUUCUACCUGUGGUUCCACAAGGCAACAGAGCUGAUACUGUCUUGGCAUCGAUAAGUUACUCAUACCUAUGGGGUAGCUGUCACAAAUUCUCUUUAAAAAUAAAUAUGCGAGUCAAUCAGGACGAAAAGGAGUUCUCCGAUUGGCUUCUGCAGGUCGGGGAAGGUCAUCCACACCUAGAAUCGGGGUAUGAGUGUGACAACCACCAUGAACAGAUGACAGCAGUUGAUAAAUCGUUGAUUCGUGUGAGUGGUGAUGAUUCACUAAAAGAAGUUGUGGAUGCCGCAUAUGGAGACAUCAGCAAGAUGACUAAUCCGCAGACAUCCUACACUGAUAAGGCUAUACUCACACCCCGUAAUGAAACCGUCGAUGAAAUUAACGCCUAUACCAUCUCGCAAACCGACGGGGAUUACCCUCGCACAAACUCACUCUGA